AUGAGCGAAGAUCCUGAUUUUAAGAUUCUCCGCCAACAUAUCAGAGACGAAUAUAACGAAUUCUUUACAAUUAAAGAUGCAGAUGGAAAAGAACUCCACCCGGUUUUUAAUACACUUCCAACAAAAAAGGAACUUCCUGAAUAUUAUGCAGUAAUUAAAACCCCAAUAUCAUUUAACACGUUAAAGAAAAGAGUUCCUCAUUAUACUGAUGCCCAAUAUUUCAUCAAUGAUAUUUUUCAAAUACCUUGGAAUGCCAAGACUUAUAAUACGAAAGAUUCUGUUUUUUAUGUAGACGCCAAUAUUCUUCAAAAACAUUUAAUGGAAGUAUGUUUUCCAAGACUAAAAAAAAUUUACCCUCAUUUGGAAAUUCCUUACCUUGGCCCUCUACCAGAUGAAAAACCCUUACCGGAUAAAGAAAUAACUCCAAUAAUACCUAUUGGCAAAAGAGCAACUACAUUUAAGCAGGCUGUUAUUAAUCUCAAAAAAGCUGAAGAAGAGGCAGCUGUAAAGGAGGUAAACGAAGAAGAAAAUUUAGAAUAUGAAAAAGAAAACGGUUCUGAUGCAGAUACUGGGAAUAAUAACCCUGAAGGCAGUUCUAAUUUUAAAAGUGAAAGAGAUGAUGAUUAUAUAGAUACAAGCAGAAGAAGAUCUUCAAGAAGGGUCACUAGAAAUAAAUCAAGUAUUUAUUCAGAACCUGGCUCUCCAACCCCUCCACUAAAUCACCAUGAAAUCAAAACUGAACGCAAGAAAUAUGUGAAGAGAGGUAGACCACCUAUUAUUGAUUUCCCAUAUAUUCAACGUAUGAAAAAUGUAUUAAAAUUACUAAGGAAAGAAAAUGACGUAACUGGUAGACCAUUAGUAGCAUAUUUCGAAAGAAAUUCACAACUGGAUUCUUCCAAUGCUAUUUUAUCUAAAACAAUUUGGCUAGAUGAUAUCAGAACAAAAGUUUUAACAAGAACCUAUAAAAAUUUCAAAGAAUUCCAAGACGAUUUUUCAAUAAUGAUAUCUACCUACAAAUCUUUAUUUAAAGAUGAAUCUGAAAGAAUAAAAACAGCUAUGAGAUUAGAAACAAAAUUUGAUAAAUGGUGUAAACAUGAAUUAGCAAAACCUGACCGUUCAUUUUUACCAGAAGGUGAAACAAGGGUACCUAUUGGAGAAGUUGAUGUUAAAGGUAUUAAUUAUAAAGUUGGAGAUUGGGUAUUAAUUCGUAAUCCAGCCGAAGGUGUAAAGCCUACUGUUGGUGAAAUCUUUAAAAUUUGGAAAACUGAGGAUGGUAAAACAUGGAUUAACUGUUGCUGGUAUUUUAGACCUGAACAAACAGUUCAUAGAGUUGAUAGAUUAUUUUACAAAAAUGAAGUUAUGAAGACUGGCCAAUAUAGAGAUCAUUUAGCAGAUGAACUGGUGGGGAAGGGAUACGUUAUCCAUUUUACUAGAUUCCAACGUGGUGAUAUAGCUAAAAAAAUUGAUGGCCCCUUAUUUGUUUGUGAAUUUCGUUAUAAUGAAAAUGAUAAGGUUUUUAAUAAAAUUAGAACUUGGAAAGCUUGUUUACCAGAAGAAAUUAGAAAUAUUGAUGAUAGCACAAUACCAGUAAAUGGUAGAAAAUUCUUUAAAUACCCAUCACCUUUAAAGGAUAAACUACCACCAAAUGCUACUAUCAAUGACCCAAUACCACAACCUACUGAAGGUGCUCCAAAUGCUCCACCAUUAAUUGGUGCUGUUUACUUAAGACCUAAAUUAGAAAAAGAUGAUUUAGGAGAAUAUUCAACUUCAUCUGAAUGUCCUCGUUAUAUAAUUAGACCGGGAGAUCCUCAUGAACAAGGUAAAAUUGAUUUUGCGACAGGCACUAUUAUAGUAUCCGGAUAUCCAAGUGCUUCUAGUUACGGCAAAACUACUUCCUCCUCAACUAGAUUACCUACAUUAAGACAACAGUCAGCAUCACCAUCUUUCAAAUCACCAAUUCCAAGUUUUAAUCAAAUAAACUCUCGAGGUAAUUCUAUGUCUCCAAUUACAGCUCAAAACAAUGCUCUUAAUAUCAAUUCAGACCACACUAGUACGCUAUCGAAUUUACCAUUAACAGGUCUUACUAACAGGGCAGGUGCUUUGACUGCAGAUGUUUUAAAACAACAUCAACUACAAAAACAGUUCCAACAACAACAGUUAAAAAAAAGAAAAUUAUCUUCAAACUAUAACAAGAUAACAGAUAUUUUAAAUAAUGUUUCAUCGAAAGGUUCUAAAUCAGCUUUAAGUCAAAUUGUCGUUGAUAAACCAGGAACCUUUAUUUUACCAAUUUCAAUUACCAAGAACUCUGAAUUACUUCAACGAGAGAAUUUUGGAGCCCAAUUACGUAGAUUACCCAAGACUUCCGAACCAUUGGCACGCAGGCCACGUGGCGAAGUGUUAUGGUUUCGUGGACCAAGUGUUAUCAUUCAAGAAAGAUUAAUAAAUUCUAAUGAUGAUUGUUAUGACAUUCCUUUAAAUAGAUGGUUUCAUAAAAAAAGGAAAUUCGAAUAUGAAGAAUUUGAAGAAGAAGUUGAAUCUGAAACGGAACAAAAUUCUAAACCGAUUGGUUGUACAAGACAUAAUCAAAAUAUAAAGAAAGAUGCACAAGCUUUGGAAAAUGAUGAAUUGGAAGAUACAGAAAAUGAAAGUAGAUCUUUAUCGGGAACAUUUCCUUUAGGGUUGAGACCAUCUGCAAAAUUUAUUUCAUAUAAGCUAUCAUCAUUUAAUAACUAG